AUGAACCUGACCUCCAGCUCGGAUUCUAUCCACUUCCUAACAAACAGUUCUCCUGGUAUGAGAGACCAGCCUGAUACCACCAUCAUAGCUGAGCCUGCCCUCUUAGGUGGCUCUUACCAGGAGCUGGCCAUAUUAUCUGACAGUGUUGGUGGGUGGAAGCAGUAUAAUGUCAGUCAUGUCUCAAGACAAGGAGGAAACUUCACUGAUUCACCAGUUAACAGGACAUUAAUCCUUCCAGCAGAGCAUUUUGAUCCAUUAGGAGGACAUACUAUCUGGCAGGUCAUCAUAAUCGUCUUCCUAACUGGAUCACUUUCUCUUGUCACUGUUGUUGGCAACAUCUUAGUGUUGGUUUCAUUCAAGAUCAAUAAGGCACUGAAGACAGUGAACAACUACUACCUGCUAAGCCUGGCGUUUGCUGACCUGACUAUUGGCACACUGUCAAUGAACCUGUAUACCACCUACAUCAUCAUGGACCAGUGGGCUCUGGGGCCAGUCGUCUGCGACUUGUGGCUGGCAAUAGACUACGUGGCCAGUAACGCCUCAGUCAUGAACCUGCUUGUGAUCAGCUUUGACAGGUAUUUCUCUGUUACCAGACCUUUGACAUAUCGGGCCAAGCGUACAACCAAGCGAGCCAUGACCAUGAUUGGAUUAGCCUGGUCCAUCUCCUUUAUUCUCUGGGCCCCAGCCAUCCUGUUCUGGCAGUACAUUGUGGGUGAGCGGACAGUCCAGCCCACUGAGUGCUACAUCCAGUUCCUGUCCGAGCCCAUCAUUACAUUCUGCACUGCUAUAGCUGCGUUCUACUUGCCAGUAACUAUUAUGGCAUUCCUGUUUUGGAAGAUCUAUCAGACAACGGAGAAGCGUGCUAAAGAUAUUCAAGGUCUCAAGGGAUCUGGUGCAGGUAACAGCCCAAGCCAGGCUCAGAAUCAAAGCAGCGGUAGUGGACGAGCUGGUGGUGAAGGUGCAACUAACAGCCAGAAGGAUUCGUCCCCCAUGCUGCGGCAAAUUAGCUCUCAAAGCUGCAGCAGCUAUGAACUCAAUCAGCUGGCGUCAGAGAAGAACAACAAGGACAACGCCAGCAUACCAGGAGGAACAGGAAGCAGAGGGAGGUGUGGGGCAUUCUGCUUCCGGUGUUGUCCACUCCUGCCAGGCCGCCGUGCAUCCAAGAGGUCCCUCAACACCACAACAACUACUGUGGGUGAAGCCGAGCAGAGCAGCUGUGACAGCAUUAACAACAAUGAAGGUGGUGCCUCUGGGGACCAGUCGGGUUCAGAGGAUGAAGCUGACGGUGCUGACCCAUCAAGGACUCCAACAGGUUGGAUAUAA